AUGAACGGGUUGGUGCUAGGUGCUACGGGUUUAUGUGGGGGUGCCUUUCUGAGACAUGCUCAGGAGGCCCCCCAGUUUGGAAAGGUUUAUGCCAUCUUGAGAAGGGAACUGCCCUUCUCACCCACCGAAAAAGUCGUAACUGUGGUGGAAAAGGACAAUUCGCAAUGGUCAGAGCUAGUCACUGACGUAAUGCAUCCGCAGGUGCUGUUCACCGCGUUGGCAACGACGAGGGCUGCUGCCGGUGGCCUGGACAAUCAAUACAAGAUUGACCAUGACUUGAACCUGCAACUGGCCCGGGCCGCGAAGGAGAAAGGAUGCGAGACGAUUGUGCUCGUGUCCUCUGCUGGUGCUCAUCCGGACUCUAGGUUUGGCUACAUGAAGAUGAAAGGUGAGAUCGAACGUGACGUCAUCGCUCUUAAUUUCAAGCACACCAUAAUCUUACGUCCGGGUCCCCUACUGGGUGAAAGAACGAAAUCUAAACAGAGUGGGUUCGGUGGCAAUCUGACUGCUGCACUGGGCACCCGUGUGUAUCGCUCUAUAUUGCAGAGUUGGUUGGGCUAUCCAGUCUACGGCGAUGAGGUGGGAAAAGUUGGUGUUCAUUUGGCGUUGAAUUCCUCCGAGGAGAACAAAGUCCAGUUUGUUUCGAGUAAGGAUAUUCUCGACAUUGCGGCUUCUCUUAGGUAA